AUGCAGCUGUGGAAGGCGGUGGUGGUGACCCUGGCCUUCAUGAGCAUGGACGUCGGCAUGACCACGGCCAUCUACAUCCUCAGCCACCUGGAUCGCAGCCUGCUGGAGGACAUCCGCCAUUUCAACAUCUUUGACUCGGUGCUGGACCUCUGGGCGGCCUGCCUGUACCGCAGCUGCCUGCUGCUGGGAGCCACCAUUGGCGUGGCCAAGAACAGCGCCCUCGGGCCGCGGCGGCUUCGGGCCUCCUGGACGGUCAUCGCCCUCGUGUGCCUCUUUGUGGGCGUUUACGCCAUGGUGAAGCUGUUGCUCUUCUCCGAGGUGCGCAAGCCAGUCCGGGACCCGUGGUUCUGGGCCCUGUUCGUGUGGACUUACGUCUCGCUUGCCGCUUCCUUCCUCCUCUGGUGGCUGCUGUCCACGGUGCGGCCGGACGCCAAGGCCCUCGAGCGGGGGGCCGAAGCCGAGGCCGAGGGCUUCCCUGGGGAGGACCGGCCCCCGCGUGAGCAGGCGUCUGGGGCUACGCUACAAAAGCUGCUGUCCUACACCAAGCCUGACGUGGCCUUCCUCGUGGCGGCCUCCUUCUUCCUCAUCGUGGCAGCUCUGGGAGAGACCUUCCUUCCCUACUACACCGGCCGGGCCAUCGACGGCAUCGUCAUCCAGAAGAGCAUGGAGCAGUUCAGCACGGCUGUCAUUGUCAUGUGCCUGCUGGCUAUCGGCAGCUCAUUUGCCGCAGGUAUUCGGGGAGGCAUUUUUACACUCAUAUUUGCCAGACUGAACAUUCGCCUUCGAAACCGUCUGUUCCGCUCGCUGGUGUCUCAGGAGAUGAGCUUCUUUGACGAGAAUCGCACAGGGGACCUCAUCUCCCGCCUCACCUCCGACACCACCAUGGUCAGCGACCUGGUCUCCCAGAACAUCAACAUCUUCCUGCGGAACACGGUCAAGGUCACAGGCGUGGUGGUCUUCAUGUUCAGCCUCUCGUGGCAGCUGUCCUUGGUCACUUUCAUGGGCUUCCCCAUCAUCAUGAUGGUGUCCGACAUUUAUGGCAAGUACUACAAGAGGCUCUCCAAAGAGGUCCAGAACGCCCUGGCGAGGGCCAGCAGCACGGCCGAGGAGACCAUUAGCGCCAUGAAGACAGUGCGGAGCUUUGCCAACGAGGAGGAGGAGGCCGAGGUGUACUCGAGGAAGCUGCAGCAGGUGUACAAGCUGAACAGGAAGGAGGCGGCAGCCUACACGUACUACGUCUGGGGCAGUGGGCUCACCCUUCUGGUAGUCCAGGUCAGUAUCCUCUACUACGGGGGCCACCUGCAUUUCUCCGGUGAGAGAUCCAGUGACAUCUCCUUCAUCAUCUACGAGUUUGUCCUGGGAGACUGUAUGGAGUCCGUGGGCUCUGUCUACAGCGGCCUGAUGCAGGGAGUAGGGGCCGCCGAGAAGGUGUUCGAGUUCAUUGACCGGCAGCCAACCAUGGCGCAUGAUGGCAACUUGGCCCCUGACCACCUGGAGGGCCGGGUGGACUUUGAGAAUGUGACCUUCACCUACCGCACUCGGCCCCACACCCAAGUCCUGCAGAAUGUCUCCUUCAGCCUGUCCCCAGGAAAGGUGACCGCGCUCGUGGGGCCCUCAGGCAGUGGGAAGAGUUCCUGUGUCAACAUCCUGGAGAACUUCUACCCUCUGGAGGGGGGCUGCGUGCUGCUGGACGGGAAGCCCGUCAGCGCCUAUGACCACAAGUACCUGCACCGAGUGAUCUCCCUGGUGAGCCAGGAGCCAGUGCUAUUUGCCCGCUCUAUCACGGACAACAUCUCCUACGGCCUGUCCACCGUGCCCUUCGAGAUGGUGGUGGAGGCUGCACAGAAGGCAAAUGCCCACGGCUUCAUCAUGGAGCUCCAGGACGGCUACAACACAGAGACUGGGGAGAAGGGUGCCCAGCUGUCGGGCGGCCAGAAGCAGCGGGUGGCCAUGGCUCGGGCUCUGGUGCGGAACCCACCCGUCCUCAUCCUGGACGAAGCCACCAGCGCCCUGGAUGCAGAGAGCGAGUACCUGAUCCAGCAGGCCAUCCACGGCCACCCGCAGAAGCACACGGUGCUCAUCAUCGCGCACCGGCUGAGCACGGUGGAGCGUGCGCACCUCAUCGUGGUGCUGGACAAGGGCCGCGUGGUGCAGCAGGGUACUCACCAGCAGCUGCUGGCCCAGGGCGGCCUCUAUGCCAAGCUGGUACAGCGGCAGAUGCUGGGGCUCGAGCCCGCCUCCGACUACUCAGCCGGCCACAAGGAGCCGCCAGGCAGCGGCGGCGGUCACAAGGCCUGACCGGUGGGGCGGAGGCCCUGGCGCCUCGCCUGGCAGA